UGCAGUACAGUACGCUGCCGACCUCACCCCGCGCCCGCCAACGUCGCACGGCACGUGAGAUCCACCCCACCCGCACCCGCGCUCCCCAACGGCUAUAUUCCGCCCGUUCCCCAUUCCCUCGCCUCGCCUUCCCCCCAAAACGACGCUUUUAAAUCCCGCGCGGCCCCGCGCAUUAUGCACUCCCCUCUCCCCAUUCCACUCGAUUCGAUCCCCGCUCGCCGACAGCUGCUGUGUCGCUCUCGAGUCCUCGAUCUCUUCCACCGAUGGCGACGGCGAUGCCGCAGAAACAGCAGCAACCGCAGGGCGCGGUGUCGGUGCAGCACGUGGCGAAGGCGUCCUCGGACGAGCUCCUCCGCAAGUUCGCCGACCCGGACGCGCGCCACCUGAUGACCCCGCCCCGCCGCAGCCUCGCUCUGCGCCGCAAGCGCUCGUCCCGGCGGGUCGCCUCGGGGCUCUCCGCGCGGGACUCCGACGCUGCGGCGGGGGCGGAGCUGGCGGCGCCCAAGAGGAGGCGGAGCAUCGGCGGGUCGGCCGACUGGAGGGCCGGGCUGCUCCUGCCGACGACCACCGCUGCCUCCGCGCGGAAGGGGGGCGGCGCGGUGGGCCAGGCCCGCCGGGGCGGGGCCGCGCGGCUCGACGACGCCGCCGGGAUCGGCCUCCUCCUCGCCGCGUUGGAGAGGACGUGGAGGAAGACGGUGGCGGGUGCGUCGAAGAUGUUCGUGGAGAGGCACCGGACCAACCACGUGCUGCUCAUCAGCGACAUGGUCUAAACACAUACUCGGCCACGCAAGCUGGCCGUCUCAUCGAGCUCUUCUGCUCGGUUUGGUUGCUGCAAAGUUUAAUUCGUUGGAUUGAGCAUUCGUUUUAGAAUUUAUUAGCGGAAUAAAAUGGCAGGGAAGAACGGGGGUGAACUAGCUAGCUUUGUGUAGUUCAGGUUCUUGCCUGCCACUUGCCAGUGUGAUUUCCGUCUGUUCGUUUGCGUUUUUUGCUUUGAUGAAUCAUCGUCUCAGCGACCAAGCUGUAAAUUGAAGUUUGCAAAAAUGCGUAGCAAAUGGAUUUGCACCAUUCAAUGUUUGUACUGUUGUAUAUAUAUUUCUUUCAAUGGGUACUGUUGUUACAUAUUUACUUC